UGCAGUUGAAAUCUACAGAACUGAAGAAAACAGGAUUCCUCAACACUCAAGGGUCUAUGGAAUACAGUCUUCACUGGAUCCUCUAAUGACAGUGACAUAUACCAGCCAAGUGGCCGAUGCCCGCCUGGGAACCUUUUCCCAGCUGCUGCUCCACUGGAGAGGAAGCAUAUAUAAACUGCUAUACCGGGAGUUCCUCAUCUUCCUUAUUUUAUAUUUUAGCCUCAGUGGAAUCUACAGGUUCCUUCUCAGGGAAAGUCAGAGGCGUCUCUUUGAAAAAUUCUCAGUUUACUGCAAUCAGUAUGCAGAGCUAAUUCCGAUAUCUUUUGUUCUUGGUUUCUAUGUAACACUGGUAGUAUCACGCUGGUGGGGACAAUAUGAAAGUGUACCAUGGCCAGAUCGUCUCAUGACCUUGAUAUCCAGUAAUGUUCAUGGAACAGAUGAAUAUGGCAGGAUGUUACGACGUACCCUCAUGCGAUAUGCUAACCUCUCAGGAGUCUUAAUAUUUCGCUCUGUGAGCACAGCAGUGUACAAGCGUUUCCCAACAAUGGAGCAUGUAGUGGAAGCAGGAUUCAUGACCCCUGAUGAACACAAGAAACUGGAGAGUCUGAAGUCACCUCACAAUAAGUACUGGGUCCCUUGUGUGUGGUUUGCAAAUCUUGCCACAAAAGCACGAAAUGAAGGACGAAUCAAAGACAAUGUUGCUCUCCAGCACAUGUUAAAUGAACUGAACAUCCUCCGUACUCAGUGUGCAAAGCUUUACAGCUAUGACUGGAUCAGCAUCCCACUGGUUUAUACACAGGUGGUAACCGUGGCAGUUUACAGUUUUUUCCUAUCCUGCUUGAUUGGAAGACAGUUCUUGGAUCCACAACUUGGGUAUCCUGGUCAUGACUUAGACCUUUAUGUGCCUGUCUUCACCAUGCUACAGUUCUUCUUUUAUGCUGGAUGGCUCAAGGUAGCUGAGCAACUAAUCAAUCCGUUUGGGGAAGAUGAUGAUGACUUUGAAACAAACUGGCUAGUGGAUCGAAAUUUUCAGGUUUCACUGCUAGCAGUAGAUGAGAUGGCCAACAAUUUACCAAUUCUGGAGAAAGAUAAAUAUUGGAAUGAUUCAAGUCCAGAGCCACCGUAUACAGCUGCAACUGCAGAGUACAAGAAACCUUCCUUCUUGGGGUCAACAUUUGAUAUCAGCAUGCACCAAGAGGAUAUGGAAUUUCAGCCACUGGAACAGAUAAAUGAAAAUGAAGAGGUACAUCAUGCCACACCUUUACUGCGGAACCUCGGAAGACUCCUAGGACUACAGUCUCCUUCAUUUUCAAGAUCCAGUCCAAGAGUUAACCUGCUACGUAGGAGGAAUGGUUUACUUCCUCAUAUACCACUUUAUAUGUAUGCAGAUCCCUCCAAUUAUGGGUUUGGUAGGCCUGGAGGCUCUUACCCGGUAGACAUGACAAUCCCUAGACUACAAAGGCACUACCCUUCUAACCGCAGCCCAACAGCAGACAGACUAGACUCUGAGGCACAUGAGUUUGAUGCGUUCACCUCCACACCAUUUUAUGAUAGGCCUGGCUUUUACAGUGAACCACAAACUCCCAUAAAUUCCAUACAAAUGUUAUUCCCACCCAGAAGAAAUGGUGCAAAAAAGCCAUAUGCUCUGCCCAAUGUAUCAACUUCUGUUAAUGCAGUAAGAGAGUCUGGCAACAACUUUGCACCCACUGUAGCCAAGGACUCAGACAAAAACUCAACUUCUUUGGGAUCUGGAUCUAAAGAUGUAGUUGUAGAAGUAAGGGACUGUGGCAAAUACCAAGUAAUGACAGUAGCAGAAAAGGAAGAAGAAAAUAAUAUCCAACAUCCUGAAGAUCUGCAGCCUUGCUACAGUGACAGUCCGAAUCUGACAUUCCAUGCAACCUCUGAAAGCCCUCAAUUCACCUUCCCAGAGAUACAUUCAGAUGCAGAGAAAUCUGGGAACUUGAAGCUUAAGCUGACCCCUGCUAAACGAAUAGCAGGUUGCAGACAUCCUAGGCUAACACUGGAUAACUUAGGCAUGCUUAACAAUACUGACUACUCAAAUUGUGCAGUGCAUACACCAGGUGCCAAAACUCCAAGCAGUGGAUCCUUCUGCUCUUUUUCCUUCACUCCUGCAGCUUCACCUUUGCCAGAAAGAGCACAGCUUUCAAAUACGGGUAAUUCCUCACUGUUGGGCAGUGUGUGCAGUAUGCCUGGACAAGAAUCCAGUGACUUAAGCAGCGUUUCCAAGCCAACAGUUGCAAACACAGGAGGAAUUACCUUUGGCAGUUCUACUGAUCCUAAACCCAAGGAAAUGAAAAAUACAGAGAAUGCAUCCUUCAAUGAUUCUGGAAUCUCUCUAGUUGAAGGAGAGCUGGUUAACUUCAUGGAUAUUAUCAUGGAAGCAAGUGAAAACCUGCCAGAUGAUGGGAAACUGGAUUUCUAUACACAGUCAAAAGCUGUUGACUAGUACUGCUUUGAUAGUGACUAUAAAGUUAAGAAAUUAUUUUCUUGUAUUCAGGUGAAGUUCCUUAUCACUAAUUUCAAAGGACUGUUGAGAUGAUGUCACGAAAAUGAUACAAAUACUUGCAUUCAAAAAGCAAAUAAGAUAAACCAAAAAAGUAUCUCUUCUUUCCCUCUUCAAAACUAAUUAAGAGAGUGUCACCAUGGCAGCAGAAGGCUUUUCUACACAAUUAACAUCAAAUGUUUCUUCAGUAUAAUUAUAAAUCAAUCAGGCAACCAUACAUUAAGCAUGUCUGUGUUUUAAGCAAUUUCUAGAUACCAAUUAGCCAGGAAUUAUAUUUUGUGACCUCAUGUCCAGGACAAUAGUUGGGCCAUGAAAGCUGAGCUAUAACUGGAACAUCUUCAGUAAUGAUCGUCAGCAUCAACUACUAAACAGCACUGUAAGAGCUGAAGAGCUAGGUUCUGAUGAUUUGAGAAUCCUUUUCACACACAACAGCUGUGUGUGUUCAAGUACACGUGGGUUUUUUAAGGACUGAAGCUGCAAUCCUUUGAAGAAGGUUUUGCUCUUCUUAUAGGGAACAUACAAUGUACAAUGCUUUGUAAGUAUAUACUUUUUGUAACAUGUCCACAGUAUACCUUUACUGUAUGCUGGUAACCAAGCCACUUUUUCUAUUAUUCAUCAUGCCUUGCUACAUACAUGUUCAGCAGUUCUGGGCUGUUACUUGUAAGGAGGCCAACAGCUUUAGUGCACCUCAUACUAGUCACCAGCUUUGGAUGACAAGGCAAUUUUACAUGCUGCAGCAACUCUUGAUACCUCAGUCAUUACCUAUUAACUAAAAAUGUAAUACAAUGUGCGUACUGCAAUACUGAGGUGCAGCCCGAUAUUCUUGCCCAAUACUCAUUAACAUCUUAGUGCUGGUAGGUGAAUUAUGGAGUACUUAACAAAAUGAGGAGGAACAUUUUUCCAAAGUUGUGCAACACCUAAAGAGACAGAACAAGAUGUGCAAUAUUCAUACACCUCAUCCUAUACUACAUUAUAUUGUCAGGAGAAACACCUCUUUAGAAGGAAAAAAAAUCUGACAUUAAAUUUUGUUCUGUUACAGUUACUACAUGCACCUUCUUGUCAAUGCUUGGAGAAAACUGUCACUCUGUUACAGCUCUGUGUAUCUCAAUUAUAAUUUAAAUUACUUUAUCAGGAUAUUUUAAGGUUAUAUUUCACUUAUCAUUUACAAUGGACUCAAACUAUUAGAAAAUCAUUCUGAAUUUCUGCUGACUUGAAGAAAAAUAAUAUAUGCAAUGUGUAGGUAAAAUAUUGAAAAUAGAAACUGUACUCUACAAGGGCACCUAUCUAACCAGGAUCAUCAUUUGUGAAAUAAAACAUUGAUCAACA